UCCAAAAGAAACAAAAGCAAAAGAAAACUAAGCUACAAAAAGAGAGAGGCUGAAAAUCUGCGGCUGAAAAUCGACUUAAACCAAUCACUAUACUCUCUAUGCUUUGAAACACUCUCUCAUCUUUUUUUCUCCGCCCAAAUUACCCAACAAUGUCCAUGGCCAUUUUCUCCCCUAAACUUCCAUUUUCUUCUUCUUCGCACUCUUAUGCCAAAACCCAUUUGAGUUUUAAAGCUUAUCUUCCUAUCAGAGCAUCGAAAAGCCUCCAAUUUCACUUGUUUGCGAGCUCUGAUAAUGGCUCUGGUGUGGCCGCCGAAGAUACUCCUCUGACUUCUUCUGAGGAACCGGUGGUUGUCACAAAUGGGUCUCCGACUCCGACUCCAUCGCCACCCACGGCGGCUGCGGCGGCGGAUCCGGUGGUGGUGGAGACUGUGAACAGCUUUAAGGACGCCAGAUGGGUCGGAGGGACUUGGGACUUGAAGCAGUUUGGUAAAGAUGGCCAGACUAACUGGGAUGCCGUCAUUGACGCUGAAGUGAAGAGGAGGAAGUGGAUGCAAGACAAUCCACAAUCAUCAAGCAAUGAAGAGCCCGUAAUUUUCGACACAUCCAUUGUACCUUGGUGGUCUUGGGUUAAAAGGUUUCAUCUACCUGAAGCCGAACUUCUUAAUGGGCGCGCUGCGAUGGUGGGAUUCUUCAUGGCGUAUUUUGUGGACAGUUUGACAGGUGUAGGUUUAGUGGAUCAAAUGGGAAACUUCUUCUGUAAAACAUUAUUGUUUAUAGCAGUAGGGGGUGUCCUUUUGAUACGAAAGAACGAAGACAUUGAAAAAGUUAAGAAAUUACUUGAGGAGACCACUUUCUACGAUAAGCAAUGGCAAGCUACUUGGAAGGAAGAGGCACCACCCACCACUCCCGCUGCAAAGAAUUAAUUAUUGCUCUGUAAUUCAGACCACAAUAUUGUUCUCAAAAUGCUAUGCGCUCCCUAAUUUUUAUUUUUUGAUAGCUGGUUUUGUAGCUGCUUUAUUAUUGUAGCAAGUAUGUACAAUUCAGACAAUUUGUGGUCGGUCGGUCGGUCGGUCUAAUUCUGAAACAAUGAGUUAUUUGUCUGAGAUACAUUGUGUUGUAUCAUACUUGUUGGAGCGUAUCUUGGUCUUAAUAUCACAUUUUAUAAUAUGUUUGGAAUUUGGUAA